UUUGACAUGCACCCUGUGUUAUCCGCACUGCGCAUGCGCAGGAAAAAGCCACAGUUUAUUCGAAUGGCGGUGUUUUAGUUUUUCAAACUGAGCUGAUGGAGUGAUGGACCAGGAAGAGGAAGAGGACAGUGAGUGGACCACUCUGGACACUGGAUUCCCAGUUGGAAGUGUGAAGGACAAGCCCAGAGUCAUCCUGCACUUUGAUAUGGACUGUUUCUACGCUCAGGUGGAGAUGAUACGUAAUCCAGGCCUGCGCUCCAAACCUGUGGGAGUGCAGCAGAAGUACCUCAUGGUCACCUGUAACUACAUAGCGAGGGAGCAGGGUGUGUCCAAGAUGAUGUCUGUAAAGGAGGCUCUGGAGAAGUGUCCUGAUCUGGUGCUGGUCAGUGGAGAAGAUCUCAACUUCUACAGAGAGACCUCCUACAAGGUCACAGAGCUGCUGAUGUCCUACUGCCCUCUAGUGGAGAGGUUGGGCUUAGACGAGAACUUUGUGGAUGUGACGGAGCUGGUGGAGAGCAGAAGGAGGAACACGGACAUCUCUGAGCUCUCAUUUGUCGGUCACAUCUACAAACAUGAUGUCUCCAGCGUUGCCAUACAGGACCAUGUGAGUCUGGCUCUGGGCUCAGUGAUAGCGUGUGAGCUGCGGGAAGUGCUUUUCUCCAGACUGAGCCUGACCUCCUGUGCUGGUGUGGCUAACAACAAGCUCUUAGCUAAGCUGGUGUCUGGGACGUUCAAACCCAACCAGCAGACCACACUGCUGCCUCAGAGCGUCUCCCAGCUGAUGAGCAGCCUGAACGGAGCGAGCGGAGUGCCGGGAAUCGGUUACAGGACAGCUGAGAGACUGAAGGCUCUAAGUGUGUUCAGUGUCAGAGAUCUGCAGCUUUUCCCUCUCAGACAGUUGAUAUGUGAGUUUGGAGAAGCUAAUGCUAAACGCAUUCAGAGCCUUGCCUGCGGUAUUGACCUUUCACCUGUUACCCCUGCUGGUCCCCCACAGUCUCUGAGUGAUGAAGACUCUUUUAAGAAAAUCUCCACACUGAGUGAAGCAGAGAGUAAAAUCACAGAGCUGCUGCUCAGUCUGAGUGAGAGGAUGCAUAAGGACGGCAGGCUUCCUCAGACUCUGAAGCUGACUCUGAGGCGUAGCAGUGCACCGAGCCGCUGGUUCAACCGAGAAAGCAGACAGAGUCCCAUUCCAACACACACUGCACACAGGAUCAUUAAUGGCUGCUCGGAGGCGGUGCCUCAGCUGGUUUCCAUAGCGAUGAAGCUCUUACACAAACUGGUGGACGUCAGAGAGCCUUUUCACUUAACACUGCUGAAUGUGUGCUUUACCAACCUGCAGACCAAACCCUCCAACAGGAACACCAUCAGCUCUUUCUUCACCUCCACACACACCUCCACACACACCCCUACACACACCCUUACACACACCUCCACACACAGUCUGUGUGACGCUCCUUACAGCUUUACACAACCAGAGGCUCUGUGUGAAACAAUGACCCGCAAAAACAACAAAGAAACAUCAUCAUCAUCAUCACUGUUUUUUCAGCAGACAAUCAAAGCCACUUCCUCUGUGACUCCUGUACUGGAGUGCUCUGAUCCCAACAAGUCCACAGUGGAUUCCAUAAAAUCGGUCAUUGUUCCCGAGCUCCCCCCUGACGUGGACCCUGACGUGUUCAGAGCUCUCCCAUGGCAUAUCCAGAGCGAGCUCAUGUCCAGCUUCCAGGAGGAUUCCGUUGAGAGACAGGAGCAUCCUAUCAGUUCAGCUCUACCCACAGCACACACUGAUGACCUCAUCACCCAGCCGAGCAGUGGCACAGAGGAGCCGGGUGAUGUCAGUGCUGAAGAGCGUGUACCCGCUGAUCCUGAUGUUCCUGACGUUCCUCCUAACGUAGAUCCGUACGUGUUCUCCCAGCUUCCCCCAGACAUGCAGAGAGAACUGCGCACAGAGUGGAGACAGAGCAAACUCACGCUCAAAAUGUCACAGAAACACACAGCCAGACGCACAACCACCGCUCGAGAAAAGAGACCUGUGGUGAAGCGCUCUAACAGCGGCAGCCUUCUCCAGUACUUCAAACCCUCAUCAGAUAAACGCUUCUGAAUGUGUGAAUAUAUAUAUGUGUGUGUGUGUGUGGAGACUCAGCUGAGUUUGUGUAACUUUAAACAUAAAAGUUGUAUGUUUAUAAAUAUUUAGGAGGUUUUAUA